GCUGCUUGAUCCAGUAGCAAGCGAGAUCGCGAGUGAGUCGGUCGGUGGGACGCGAGCGUCCAGCAUGUCCAGCCACGCCACUUCGAUGGCGGCCACGGCCUCAGCCCAUUCGCACCGCAGCGGCCACAAACACAGAUCAAAGUCGAGCACGCGCGCCCAGGAGCUUGAGAAGCCGAAAAAGAAGCUUUUGCACAAGGGCAGCACGUCGCUCGUCUCCAUCCCCAACACCAUCAAGCUGUCCAUGCUCAAUUCGGGGCUCAUUUCCAUUGGUGAGAGCAAAUCCGAGCAGUAUGGAGUGAUGUCUGCGAUCCCGUGCAAACCAGUGGAAGUGAAAAACUAUGUCAAGCACUGCGAGCAGCGCAGAAAGUUCCCAGUCCUGUACAAAGUAGAAUUCCAAUCUGCAUGCAAAGUUGAGGUGCAUUCCUGUAGACACGCGACAAAAGCGAGCAACAGGGUGAAAAAUCAAAACCAGAAAUGUAUUCCAUAUGACUACAACAGAGUCGUCCUUGACCCUAUUGAGGGUGUGCCGGACUCGGACUACAUUAAUGCUUCAUAUGUUGACAGUUUGCUAAAACCAAAUGCGUACAUUGUGACACAAGGCCCGAUGGAGGAGAUAGUGUACGACUUUUGGCGGCUGGUGUGGCAGGAGCACGCCAGCUGCAUCGUCAUGCUCACCAAAACCUUUGACUUUAUCCGCGUGAUGUGCGUGCAGUACUGGCCAGCGUCAAUGACCAAAAGCGAAACCUAUGGUGACAUCACCAUCAGGGUCACGCAAGAAGAGGAACUGGCGAACUUCAGAAUCCGCACAAUUCACAUUUCAAGAAACUUCGGACCGGACAAGCCGGUGGAAGAACGAGUUUUGUUGCAAUUCCACUACACAGAGUGGUACUCGCACUCGUGUCCCUUCUCCAACGCCAUUCUCGAGUUUAGAAGGAGAGUUAGGGCUGUGGCAAAGCACCACGUCGAAAGUGGUGAUGGACCUGUGAUCGUUCACUGCAAUGACGGCGGAGGUCGAUCAGGCGUUUAUCUUGCCAUAGACGCCAAUUUGGAAUUGAUGGAAGAGGAGGAUGGUUUUGACGUUUUUGGAUAUCUCAAGAAACUUAGGCAAUCAAGAAAAGGACUGAUUGAGACAAUAGAUCAAUACAAAUUUGUGUAUGACACGUUAGAAGAAUUUGUUGUGUGCGGCAACUCGUGGUUUCCAGUGUCCGAGCUGUCGCAGCGGCUGCGGGCAAAGUCGGUGAAGAACCCGAUCACCAAGCAGAACGAGUACCAGCGGGAGUACGCGCAAAUUUGCAAACAAACGCCACGCUUCACCAUCGGCGACUGCGCCGGCGGCCACCGAGGUGACAACCGGGCCAAAAACCGGGAUGUGCUCAUUAUCCCACCCGAUAAUUUCAGACCCUACUUGACCUCUUUCCAGGGAAACAGCUUUACAGACUACAUCAACGCCGUUUUCGUUGACGGCUACACAAAACCUCGAGAGUACAUUGUCACCGAGUGGCCCUUGAAAAACACCGUCGGCGAGUUCUGGUCCUUGGUUUACGAUUAUGAGUGCAGCGCGGUUGUGGUCCUCUGUGUACCGGACGUCGGCAUGCAAAACACAUUUCCCACUUUCUGGCCCGAGGGUCGGCCUGGGCACUCGAAGAAGUACGGUCCAGUGUUCACCAUCGACCACAUAUCUCACCAGCACUACUCCAAUAUCAAGUCAUGGAUCUUCAGAAUUAACAAGAAGAUCGUGUCACUGACUGAGUUGAUGGCCGGUGUGAAAGCACCCCCGCGGACGGUUCAGCUUUAUCAACUGAUGUGUUGGCCCCUGGGCCACAAAGUGCCCACUUCAACCAACUCGCUGGUCGAGCUGAUGAACAUGGUGGAGCGGUGGCGGCAGAGAACGGAUUAUGGACCGGUCGCCGUUGUGUCACCAGACGGCCGGAGCAGGUGCGGAGUCUACUGCGCGGCAAACGCCUGCAUCGAGCAGGUUAUUCAGCAUGGCGAAGUUGACAUUUUCCAGGCGGUCAAAACGGUUCGCAGACACCGGCCUCAACUCGUUGAAAACAUGACGGAAUACAAGUACUGCUACGAUUUGGUGCUGCACUACGUGCUACACUAUUUGCACAAGGUGCUGAAAGAAAAGGAAACAAAAGAACAAAAGGAUAAGAAGUGAGGUACCCGCGGCAGGACCGGAGAGGACGCGCUCGCUUUUACACACAUUGUCGCGCGUGCACACAUUGACCUGUGAAUGCACGCGCCUGCUGAAAGAGCUGCCCGGCAGAGUAAAGUUAAACGGUCUCGUGUUUUUCAUCGGUUUACAUGGUUGUCUGGCUGGCAGCUCGCUUUAUCUCUCAUUGUAAUCUUGGAAGUAAAAUAUUUUUAUGCAAGGCAAGACUUUUGGGAUGCAGGGGAACCAAAAUGUUUUUAACCAAGUGCCAAUUUGCGUCGGGGCAGAAUCUGUGAGAUAUAUAUGGAAUAUUGUACCAUUUUAAUAAAAUAAAAGCGUAUCACUUUCCUAAAAA